AUGAUCUUCACCUCCCAGCAUCCACGCCUCGACAUCCCCACCAACAUCCCCAUCUGGGAGUGGCUCUUCGCCUCGGAGUACUCGCCGCUACGGAAGUCCAAGCCCGAAGAACUCGGCUCGUUUGUAAAUGCCAUCACGAAAGAGCAGAUUCGUUAUGACGCCCUUAAAGAGCUCACGACCUCCGUGUCGACCUCGCUAGUCGUAAAUUACGGACUGCAGCCGGGGGAUACGGUCGCGCUGUUCAGUCCAAACACGAUUUGGUAUCCGGUUGCAAUGCUGGCCACAGUUCGAGCGGGCGGCAUCAUAUCCGGAGCAUCCCCCGCAUACAACGUCGAGGAGAUGACAUACGCCCUCAAGACUGCGCGGGCAAAGUUUCUGAUGACGGUACCUUCGUCAAUGGAUGUUGCGAUUCCAGCUGCCAAGAACGCCGGAAUUCCACCCGAGCGCAUCUUCCUGCUCGAGGGCUCAAAGGGCGAAUACACCUCGGUGCAGCAGCUCGUGAAGAAAGGCCAGAGUCUGGGCGCUGCACGUCAGGUGGCGCCAUGGCAGCUUCCACCAGGCAAGACGAACAGGGAUAUCUGCGGAUUCCUCAGCUUCAGUAGCGGGACGACGGGGCUUCCCAAGGCUGUCAUGAUCGCCCAUCACAAUGUCAUCGCGCAAUGUAUGCAGAUCAUCCAACUCACCCACGAAGAUACCAAAAAGUCGCUGGCCGUCUUACCUCUUUUCCACAUUACCGGCCUCGUGCACCAGAUGCACCUCCCUAUAAUCCGCAACUCAACCGUCUACAUGCUCCCCUCAUUCACCAUGGAAAGCAUGCUCAAGACGAUCGUCGAAUACAAAAUCAGCGAGAUCCUCUCCGUCCCACCCAUCAUCAUCCGCCUCCUGCAGGACCCCACCGUCGCACAAUACGACCUCUCCCACGUCAAGCGCUUCUCCUCCGGCGCGGCCCCGAUCUCCGGCGAGAUCCUGCAGAAGCUGCAGGAGCGGUAUCCUUGGACGGGGUUCAAGCAAGGGUACGGGAUGACCGAGUCGUGCAGCUGUAUCACGGCGCACCCGCCCGACAAGCAGUCGUAUGAGUAUGCGCAGCGCGGGGGGAUGAUUGUUGCGAAUACCGAGGUCAAAGUUAUUGAUGUGGCGACGGGCAAGGAAGUCGGGUAUGGAGAGGAGGGCGAGAUCCUCGCGCGCGGGCCGCAGAUCGUCAUGGGAUAUCUGGGCAAUGAAAAGGCCACACGGGAGACGUUUGAUGAGGACGGGUGGUUGCAUACUGGUGACGUCGGGUUCAUGGAUCGCGAGGGGUUCAUCAACAUCACCGAUCGCAUCAAGGAGAUGAUCAAGGUGAAGGGGAUUGCGGUAUCGCCGGCUGAAAUCGAGGAUCUGUUGCUGGGCCAUCCGGCUGUCGAGGAUGUCGGAGUCACAUCUGUGCCCGACGACUACGCAGGCGAGAAGCCCAAGGCGUACGUCGUGUUGAAAGCAGCUGCCCGCCCGCGACUGGACACAGAAGAGGGUGUGCUCGCAGUCGGCCGCGAGCUCAUCGAGUACGUCAAGGCGAAAAAAGUCCGGCACAAAUGGCUCAUCGAGGUCGAAUUCAUGGACGAAGUACCGAAAAGCGCGAGUGGAAAGAUCCUCCGCCGAGUACUCCGCGACCUAGAGAAGACAAAGCGAGCAGGCGAGCGACGGCUGGUGGUGCGAGACGAAAAGGCAAGGGCGAAGCUGUAG